AUGGGGGAAAACGCUACUUAUUUCUUGGUCUUUAACUUAACAAUGUUCUUGAAAAUUGAAGUUUACCGCUACCCUGCUUUUGUUUUUUGCCUAUUGAUCUAUUGUUUUAUCAUGUUUGCCAAUCUGGUCGUUGUAACUGUCAUUUCACGUGAGAAGUCCUUACACGAGCCUAUGUAUGUAUUCAUUGCUUGCUUGUCUUUUAAUGCUUUGUAUGGCUCCGCUGGAUUCUUCCCCAGGUUUUUAAUGGAUCUUCUUGCUGACACUCACCUCAUCUCACGACCAGCUUGUUUCAUUCAGGUGUAUACUAUUUACAGUUUUGUUGGCUGUGACUUAAUGAUUCUUGGGGUCAUGGCAUAUGAUAGAUAUGCUGCUGUAUGCUAUCCUUUACACUAUCAUAGGAAAAUGAACUUAAAUACUGUUGUUAUAUUAACUGUAGUGACCUAUAUUUACCCUUUUGUUAUUGUAACAACGUGCAUUUUGCUGUCUGCUAAGCUUCCAUUGUGUGACAACAAAAUACACAAAGUUUACUGCGCAAACUGGAAUAUAGUCAAACUCUCAUGUGUCCCCACAGCUCUUAAUAACAUGGUGGGGAUGCUUUUAUCUACAACUGUUGUCUUCAUCCCCCUCUUAUUUGUACUGUAUACAUACUUACGAAUUGUCAUUAUUUGUUGGAAAGCGUCUUCAGAAUAUAAAGGUAAAACUUUUCAAAAUUGUUUACCACAUAUCAUAUCUUUCACAACAUUUUGUGUGGCGUCGUUUUGUGACGUGAUGUUGAGUCGCAUUGACCUGGAGACGGUGAAUCCGGUCCUGGCUGUUAUUUUAUCAAUGGAGGUGGUUAUAAUUACUCCCAUUGUGAAUCCACUUGUUUAUGGGCUGAAGUUACCUGAAAUAAGAAAACACAUUUUUAAGAUGUUCUUAACACCUAAAUACUGUAACUAA